UACAAUAAAAAGUAUAUGAAGGUCAAAGCGUCUCAUAAACUCUCUCGCUUGACUUCUUCUUCUCAAGCACAAAAGGUGUUCUCUCCUAUAGACAAUAAGCUAGAAAAAAGGCACUCUUAUAAACAGCUAAAAUGCAUUCAAUCUGUUAGAGAACCAUCUAAAGAAAACAAUCAUGUCUUUGUUUCUUAUGAUACAUUACCCCUUUCAACUAGUAAUACAAGGCCCAUUCAAGUCAUUCCUUACACAUUCAAUGCAAAAGCAGAGCCUACAACCAAGCGACCUACCAUGGGAGGAAAGACCAUUGGUGCUAUUCAACAGUCAAGUACUAUCAUGUCCUGUGAAGAACUCAAAUUACUUAGCCACUGAAAAAAAGAAAAAACGGCGCUUGUUUGAAUGUACUCCAUGCCAUACAGUGUACAAGACUCGUGCUAAAUGGACGCAUCAUACAAACAUAUGUCCCCAUCACAAAAAGAGACACAGUCUGUCUGUUACUGUUCAAUGCGUCUGUGGUUCUGAAGGCGAUGGGAAUAUGAUUGAAUGCACUCAAUGCCAUACCUGGCUUCAUGUAAAAUGUGCUGGCGAUCGUGUCACAAAAGAAGAUUGUUAUUGCUGCCCACGAUGUAGCACCGAUGAAACAGAGCCAGUCAACGACAGUGAAGACGAGCUUCUAGUGGAAGACGAAGAUAUGAUCUCAUUAUCUGCACUGUAUUCAGCCAAAGAAAGGGGAAAGAACCUUUUAGAAUCUCUCAAACAAGUUCAAGAAAAAGAUGCUCAACAAGAACAAGAAAGAAUGAAUAGAAACCAUUUGAAUUUCAUGAGUUUAUUUGAUGAACCUCAACUUGAAAUUCAAGAUCAAGAAGAAGAAUUCCAAUCAUUAUCACUGCCACCUUCUAGCAUCUUUGAAGAUCAAGAAUGGAAUGUACAUGAAUUCGAUUGGUGCCAGCCUGAAGAUGUGCCUUCUCUCUUGUUCUCAUCUGAUGAUACACCUUCCAAUAUAGACGAAGUGCCCUUCUCACCCAUUCAGCAACAACCAGAUUGGUUUGAUUUUGCAAACUUUGAAGUCGAUUUCACUUCUGAUAUUUAAUCUGUUUUUUGUUCAUUCUCUCUUCACUAUAUGAACUUUUAUGUUUUUUUUAAUAAAUAAGUAUUUAUUCAAGGCACAGCCAUAA